CAAUUGUAUGGAGCGAAUGUGAAAAUUCAACGGAAAUGUCGUGAAUCGGUGGUGUACCUGUUGGAUGCUGUCCGUGAACGUUUGGUCAGCUUCUACAAAGAAACGCAUCUGAAGCCAAGUCGUAUCAUCGUCUAUCGAGACGGUGUUUCUGAGGGACAAUUCGCUGAGGUGCUUCGUGAAGAGAUGCAAGGUAUUCGUACCGCAUGCUUAAUGUUAUCCUCUGAUUAUCGCCCACCAAUCACCUAUAUUGUCGUACAAAAACGUCAUCAUGCACGUAUGUUCUGCAAAUAUACUCGAGACUCGGUUGGACGAGCUAAGAAUAUACCACCAGGCACUAUUGUCGAUACGGGUAUCGUUUCACCGGAAGGGUUCGACUUCUAUCUCUGUUCACAUUUCGGCAUUCAGGUAUGA